CACCGCCCCUGCUGGGUGUCCCACGGGGUCCCUGGGUGGAGGACAGGAACAUCCAGUUGAACGGACCGCCAGCUGAGGCAGUGGCACCAUGGAGGCCCCCUGGGGCUGGCUGGUGGUCUGUGUGCUGGCCACAUCCCUGACCUUCACAGUGACCCAGGACGUGUGCCGAGCACCAGAUGGGAAGGCUGGGGCCCCAGGAAAGCCUGGCCGACCUGGACAGCCAGGCCUCAAGGGGGAGCAAGGGGAGCCAGGGGCACCUGGCAUCCGGACGGGCAUCCGGGGCCAGAAAGGAGACCAGGGGGACCCCGGCCCCCCCGGCCACCCUGGCAACAUGGGCUUCCCUGGGCCCAGCGGCUCCCCAGGUGCCCCUGGCAUCCCGGGAGUGAAAGGCAUCAAGGGCAACCCAGGAAACAUCAAGGACCAGCCACGUCCAGCCUUCUCGGCCAUAAGGCGGAACCCACCCAUGAGUGGCAACAUCGUCAUUUUCGACACGGUCAUCACCAACCAGGAAGGCCCGUACCAGAACAACACAGGCCAGUUCGUCUGCGCCGUGGCCGGCUACUACUACUUCACUUUCCAGGUGGUGUCCAAGUGGGACAUCUGCCUGUCCAUCGUGUCCUCUGCAAGGGACCAUGCCCAGCGCUCCUUGGGCUUCUGUGAUGCCAACAGCAAGGGAAUCUUCCAGGUGGUGUCCGGGGGCACAGUUCUCAAGCUACAGCGUGGGGAUCGGGUCUGGAUUGAGAGAGACCCCGCCAAGGGCCGCAUUUACCAGGGUUCUGACGUAGACAGCGUCUUCAGCGGCUUCCUCAUCUUCCCGUCCACCUGAACCAGGGGAGGACCCUCCUGCCCCUGGCCUCACAUGCUUCUUUGCUGUGGGACUCUGGCCCACUCACUCUACCUCUCUGGUUUCUCUGGUCUGCUCUGCAUGGGGGUGCGGUUGCUUGAGCUGCCUAAAGGGAGAGGGCUGGCUACCAGAGCCCCUAGAACUUGCCGCUCACUGCACACUGUAAGAAGAUUGAUUUCUUAGAACUCUUCCUAGAAUAAAUACCUGAGUCCCUGUC